AUCUGUCAACUGCAUUCAGUCUUCUACACUCCUCUGACCUACAAUAAUCCUACGCGCGAGCAAUCUCAUAUACAUUCAUACCCCUAACGAGACCAACUAUCCUCAUUCACCAUCAAUAUGGCCGACGGAAUUUCAGCAGUCCUUGUCAUCCUUAUUACCAUCCUCCUCCCACCUGUGGGUGUUGCGAUGAUCGCAGGCUGUGGCGCUGAUCUCCUCAUCAACAUCUGCUUGACCCUCCUCGGUUAUUUCCCGGGUCACAUUCACGCCUUCUACCUCGAAUACGUCUACUUCGAUCGCCGCGAGCGCGCGAGGCACGGUCAACUUACUGGACGCGCUGCGCCGGGCGUCUAUUCGGACCGUGUGCAGAAUGGUGGGUUCCAGGGCUAUGGAACCAUUAUAGUCGAGUCGAGCGAAUUGUGGCCUGGUGUAAGAGAAAUCGACGACGAGGUGCGAUGUGUACAACAAUUUCGGAAAGCAUGGCAGGAUAUUGGCGUGGGCAACAUGGUGCUUUAA